AUGGCAGACAGUGUAGCUUUGUACAGCAUCAUUGACAAUGACGUACUUAUCUCCUGCGUGGAAAUACGACCGGAGCUGUGGCAGCCGCGACACAAGGAUCACAAAAACCGUUUUAAGAAGGCGGUGCUGUGGUCGGAGGUAGCUGCUGCUGUGCUGCCGAAUGUUUCUGGCGCAGAGGUCAUCGUCCAAAAACGUUGGAAAAGUCUUAGGGACAAUUUUCGGAAAGUGACCAAGGUACACAAGGAUUCCCAAAAGAGUGGCGCAGGGGCAGAUGACGCUGAAGAUUCAUUGCCAGACAACGUCUGGCUGUACAGUGAUCAGCUCCGCUUCCUGAAGGACACUGUGGAAGGAAGGGCGACAUCUGGCAACCUCGAUGAUGGCAAGUUUAUGAACUUUAAGACAUCUGGCAACCUCGAUGAUGGCAAGUCAGCCCAAGAAUUAUUUCACACUAUGACUCGGCCACGGAGCAUCACACCACCAGGCAGCCCCGUGCAAGAGAAUGCGGACAUUGAAGAUUUGUUCGCAUUAGAAGAUGACGUGGACGUGUCCCAGCCAUCAACCAGCAGCAGACAAAGCACCACGUUAGAAACCGCUGGACAGGAUCCUCUCAGUCGGAAACCACAGGUGCAAAGUGAAACUAACGGACAGAGGAGUAGGAAACGGAAAGGGGACCCUUUACAGCAAGAAAUUGACGAUGUGUCGCAACGUUUAGCGAAGCACAAGCCCCCCGAUGAAGAUGAAUAUUUUGCCCUGUCUCUUGUCCCAACCAUGAGGGAAUUUCCGAAGCACAAAAGACUAAGGAUGCGAAUUGAGGUGCUAGAGCUCCUGGAAGCACUGAAGCAAGCUUGCUAG